GAGGGUAGGAAAAAAAUUAUAGAAAAAUAGUGAGAAGCGGCGGAACCAAAACACUCAGGGUAUAAAAGGCCAUCGUCCACCUGGGGAGGGCAUCAUUAAGCCAACAACUGAAAUCCACUCAACAUGCGUCUGUUUGUGACCCUUUGCACUCUCGUGGCUCUCAGCCAGGCCAAGCCCCAGGGCUAUAACUAUGGCAGCGGUGUUUCCGGAUCCCUCACCACCUCCACUUCCGGCGGCGGGAGCAGCGGCUUCCUGGCUGCCCCCAGCCACUCCCAGAACACGGUGGCCUCCUACGGACCGCUCGGCGCCUUCCAGAGCGCCAGCGUGGGCUCCCUAGUGGGCAGUUCCACCUACCAGGCACCCCAGACCGUCACCCACUACACCAGCGGCGUGGGCAGCGGCCAUGGCGCCAGCUACUCCACUGGCUCCUCCUCCAACUAUGGCGGCGGCGCCUCCAACUACGGCGCCAGCUCCGGCGGCAGCUCCUUCACCGGCUUCGGACCCUCGCCCAACAUCGGAUUCGGCGCCCUGUCCGGCUACCAGGCCCCCAGCUACCAGCAGCAGCAGGAGCAGGAGGUGCAGCGCGGCUUCCAGGAGCCCCUCAUCCACAAGCAGUUCUUCACCGUGGCCGCCCCCGAGGAGCACGAGAACCUGGAGAGGACCAAGCACCUGGUGAUCGGACGCCCCCAGAAGAACUACCGCGUGGUCUUCAUCAAGGCCCCCUCCUCCAGCAACGCCAACGUCAAGCUCUCCGCCGAGUACGCCCCCAAGGAGGAGAAGACCGUUAUCUAUGUGCUCAGCAAGAAGGACAACCAGCUGGAGGUCAACGACAUCGCCACCCCCGCUCCUACCGUUCCCAGCAAGCCCGAGGUCUUCUUCAUCAAGUACAAGACCGACGCGGAGGCCUCCCACGCCCAGCAGCAGAUUCAGGCCGAGUACGACAGGAUCGAAGGAACCUCGGAGCACCAGGACGGCGGAGUGGCUCCUGCUCAGUCGGUGGUUGGCAUCCUGGACGGUGGUGCUAUUGGUGCCGCCAGCUCUGGCAGCUCUCAGUACGUGUCUGGCGCUUCGGGCAGCACUCAGUACGUCUCGGGCGGUACUGGAUCUACUGGUGGCUCCUACACCUCUGGAUCCACUGGCGGCGGCUCUUACACCUCGGGCACGGGAUCCACCGGUGGCUCCUACUCCACCUCGGUCACCGGCGGCACCUCUGGCGGCGCCACCAUCGUGGCCCACAAGAACGCCCAGAGUGCCACUUAUCUGCCUCCCAACGGCAAAUAGGCUGGUCACCUCAGUGGCUGACGUUUAGAAACAAUUUUUUCUGUACAGUGAUGCAAUAGUCGAAAUAGCCUUUUUUUUGUGAAUAACUAAAUAAAUUUUAAACGAAAUAGAA